AUGCCUCGAGUGGCCCAAGUACCGCGCGCCAGCAGUGUCAGAGCGACCUCCGGGUCGAUGAAUGCAUCGCCGUUCAAGAACUCACCAGUCAAAAUCCCCCUCAACGAUGAUGCCGAAGAAAAGGCGCGGCGAGCGCAUUCGCGUCACGCAUUUCACGAGCGUCAGCGCAACGAGUUGAAGGCGGCCGCUGCGACCCCUUUGCGCAGGAAUAACGGUAGCUUGGAAGACCUCGAGAAUGACACACCAGGCUCAAACCCAAAGACACCACAUGCCCGCGGGAGCCGUGGCAGGCAGGUCAUUGACGAUGAUGACGAGGGCUUCGUUGUUAGCGGAAGCGCGGUCACGCCUAUGAAGCGCGUUCCGAUUCUUGCCAACUUCGAAGAAUGGAUGAAGAUGGCGACGGAUAAUAAGAUCAACGCAAACAACUCCUGGAACUUCGCACUGAUCGACUACUUCCACGACAUGUCCUUACUCAAGGAGGGCGACGGAGUCAACUUUCAGAAGGCCAGUUGUACGCUAGACGGUUGUGUGAAGAUCUACACCAGCAGAGUCGACAGUGUCGCAACCGAGACCGGCAAGCUUUUGAGUGGCCUUGCGGACAGCAACAGCAAGAAGAAGGGCAAGGAAGGCGAUGAUGCUGAGGGCGAAGAGAGUGAGGAGGAAAUCGAUGAAGACGGCAACGUUAGGAAGAAGCCGAAGCGAAAGCGAUCCUCGGAAGCGACCCUUGCGCCUUCUUUCUCUUCCCUUCAGCUCAAGAAGUUUGAACUAGAGUUCGCCGUAGAUCCCCUUUUCAAGAAGACUUCCGCCGACUUCGACGAAGGCGGUGCCAAGGGCCUGCUUCUCAACCAUCUCAUGAUCGAUGCGCAGGGCCGGAUUGUCUUCGACAGCAGCGACGAUGUUGGCGACGCGCAUACCUCGAAAACAAGAAAGAAGAACGACGAAGCCGAAGACGAGGACAACGAGGACUCGGAUAUGCAAGAUGCUUCGGCGAUACAAGAAGAACCCGAGCAGGAGGAAAAUACGGAAGACGUCGAAAUCGACCUGGGAGCGCUGGGUGCCAAGUUCUUCUCUGACUUGGGCCGUCUCGACGAGCUGGACGUCUGUCCGUCAUUGAAGAAUUUCGACCUCGGCAACCCCUCGGGCUCUAUGGACAUCCCUUUCCUCAGAGCACCAGAGGACUGGAGAGGAGACCAAGACAAGGACAAGUCCCCAGACUUACUCGGUGAUAACUCGGGCAUGUUCAUUGACGGCGACAAUGCGGCUGGCUUCGACGACGACGAUCUUGGCCUCGGCGGCUUUGAAAUCGGUGCGGAUGUCGCAUUCGGCGAGGGCGGCGAAGCCUGGGCGAGGGAAGCCGCCCUUGAGCCGCAGAUGCGGGUCUACGACGCCGGUCUUGGCGAAGAUGCUGCUGGAGGCGAUGGCGUAGAAAUGCUCGAUCAACGUGACGGCGACUUUGUCGUUUCCAUGUCCCACGCACAAAGCGCUGAUAAAAUGCAUGAAGAUAUUCUCGGCUACUUCGACCAGGCCUUGCAGAAGAACUGGUCAAGUGCUGAGCACUGGAGAAUCCGAAAGAUCAAGGAUGUCAACAAGCCCGCAGGCCCUGCCCGUGUGCGGAAGGAGAAGGAGCCUUUCGAAAUCGACUUUUCUGCGCCGCUCGACCAGAGUUUGGCUGAUGUCUUGUACACUCAGGCCUCCAGCAACUCGGCCAUCUCUAUGCCCAAGAAGGACUGGAAAUCAAAAUCGCGUAAUCUGCUGCCAGACGACAAGCACUUUAACUCCAAGUCACUUCUCAACCUCUUCCUCAAGCCCAAGGCGCGCCUCAGCAGACGGCGGGUCUUGGGAAACAGGGGUGGCAUGUUUGGCACUGCCGGGCCGGACCGAGACAUACCAGAAGGCGAGAUGGACGAGGCGUUCUGGGCGCAGCAAAAGGCACCGAUGAAGAGCGAGGAAGAGACGCCAUUGCCGGAAGGAGAUUACGACGCCAACUUCUUCCAGGACGACGCUCUUCCCUUCGCCGGAGGCUUGGAAGACGAAGACGAUGAGUUUGCGGAUGCCCGUGAGCACUUCUCGCCCAUGGCUGAGGGUGAUGCAGGUGCCACCGAAGCAGCUGGCUUGACGGCCCUGCUCGGUGGCGAUGCUGCUACCAAUGCCUUAACCGGUGCCUUCGGAACCACGCUAGUCACGCAAACUCGUCGUCUCCGGCCAGAUUACGUGCAGUACGCUCGUGUGGCCAAGAGGGUGGAUGUCAGGCGGCUCAAAGAGGAGAUCUGGAAGGGCAUGGGCCUCGAACAGUUGGAUAGUGGCUCUACGCGUCCUCCUACACCGCCGCCCAAUGGACCCGCGGCUGCCGCACCCGAAGAACCAUCCAAGGACACGACACUAAGGUUCACCGAGGUCAUGAAUGGCCUGCAUUCAGUGUACCCGAAGCAGAUGAUGGAGGACAUCUCGACGAGUUUCUGUUUCAUCAGUCUGCUGCAUCUCGCCAACGAGAAGGGCUUGGUCAUCGAAAAGACCCCUGAACUCACGGAACUCAACAUCCGCAAGGAUUGGACAGCUGAGAUCACAGGUGGGGAGUAA